AUGUGUCCGUCCAACACAAAGAGCAGUGGACAAUAUGAUGAAGGCACGAAGAAUGUCGGUUACCAUGGCUUGUGCCUUCUAUGUGUCCUCUUCAUAGUGCAAGUGGCACUAGGAACUACAAUCACUGCACUUGCAGCAAAAGGAUACCAUCCUAUGUCUACAAUUACAGCUUUGGCCGGGACCAAUACAGGUGUCGUUGCUUUGGUGAUCGUGUUACAGCCCUUCUACCAGAGAAGGAAGGAAAACAAAAACCAACGGGACGAAGAGUCAGUGCUUCCCGGCUGGGCGGAAAUUGAUAGUCUCGAACGACACCUCGGCGCGCAGAUUUGUAGCCUUAAACUACACCUCAGCGCGCAAAUGGAAAGUCUCGAACGACAUCUUCGCAGACAGUUCCAACGACACCCCAACGGGCAGAAUAAUAACCCGCGAGAAAAAUACAAAAACAAGGCCGAUAAUAUUCUGGAACAUAUAGAGGACUUCAAACAGGACCUUCAACAUCAGUUUGAUAUCUACCAACACGAUCUUGGGGCGCAGCUCCACCACUUGAAAAAAGUGCUCCAAGUAAAGAUCGGUACUUUCGAACAAGGCAUUCGCGCGCAGAUCCAUAACUCCCAAUAUAACCUGCAAGAGCCGAUCUAUAACGACCAACAAGAACUCUGGGUGCGGAUCAUACCUUUUAAAAAGAGGCUCCAAGAAACGAUCAGUCAAGUCCUCCAAAGGCAGAUUCAUGUCCUUCAAGACAUUCGCGCACAGAUCGAUGGUAUUCAACCGAUUUCCGAUACACAGUCGAUUAAUAAAAUCAAACAAGACGUCCUCGACGACAUACAAAAACUCCUGGAAGGGAUCAAGCGAGAAGUCCCCGCGGAGGACUUCAAAAAUCUUAAUAGCCUUCUAGAGGAGAUCGAUAAACUCCUCCGCCUCCAAGAGGAGAUCAGCAAAAACCUCCAGAGCUUUCGCAAGAUAAUCGAUUCUAUAGAAAGCAAAAUGGAUUGGGGAUUCCUAUGUGGUCGCAACCCUCUUUAA